AUGGCGGAGGCACAGGGCGACGUGAAGGACAAGUCGCUGCCGACAGCCGCUGGCGAUGAUCCCUGGGAUCCCUGGGCUUCCAAGCCGUUGAUCUUCAAUACCAAGACUCAGCCUGACAAAGACAUCUCAGGCACAGCUGGAAAUCCAACCACCCCGACCGACAAGGACGAGCAGGAGGAGAUCAGCACCGCCUUCGUCGCCGACCCAGACGCCGAAACCAUUCAUCCCGAUGUCGACCUGACCGACAGAAACAACCUCGUUCGUCUGCUUGCCCUUUACCAAUCUGGCUGGGAGCAAGGGCGCGGGCGCGGUCCCCGAGAGCACGAAACCUGUAUCUGGUGUCGUGGGCCUGUGGCAUCAAACGUCGAGGUUCUCACCCAUGUUGGCACUAGCAACAGUUGUAGGAACAGCUGGCCCGCGAGCUGCCUUCUGGAGUGGAUCAACCAAGAGCUCGAUGCUGCCCGCAGCCGUGUGUUGCGAUGCCCCAUGUGUCGAGAGGAGUUUUUCACUCUCUAUUCUCUCUCUGGCGCGGAUUUCAGGGCGGACCAGGGCGGACCGGAUGCCGAACGCGUUAUUGACGCCGCCUGGUUGAGAUGUAUUCUCUUCGGCCCCGAGUAUGCCAGGGAGACUUGCGUCAACAAGGGAAAGCGGCUCAUCAUCAUCAGGAGUGAGGAAGCCAGGAAACUCGUGCUGCUGAACAGAGAGAAAUACGUCUUCAACGAAUGCGAAGGACUCCCUCGAGCUUGGUCCGGGGUAACUAAGAGAUGGAUCGACAGAGUCAUGGGAACAAACCAUACCAUUCCGAACAAUCCUCCAGCGACUAUUGCUACGGACACGGCUGCUCAGGACCCCAUUGCUUCAAAAGUCCUUAUCCAUCCUGCUGAGAAGAAAGAAGAGCCACCAAAACCCACGUUCGACAUGGCCUGGGUCCUCAUUGACUGGGGAAACAACCAAUUUCGAAUGUCGCCAUUCUUGACCCUUCAGGCGGCUGCCUUGAAGAUCCAGACCGAAGAGCAAGGAGGAAUCGUGAAAUCCAUGAAUGCCGACGAAUUUAAUGCGUUGGCCAAGGCAAACGGAGGCCUCAAGGCUGUCGUCACGACGUUCCGGCCUGACGAUGCGGACGAGCGGGCUGAAAUGGAGAAGUCUGGCAGCGAGUGGUUGAUGGAGAUGGUCGGCGAAGCUUCAGAUGACGGCGAACAUGCCGCGGACAAGCAGUGGUACCGCAGAGUCGCGCAGGCUUACCGAGUCAACAUCCAUCAAGCAACAGAGGGUGAUGGCGACCACGAUGGCGUCAUUGGACUAGCUGGCACGGGCGUGCAGAUGGAGGGGGACGACGAGUGGGAAGACUCCUCGGACGAGUCCUUGCCAGACCUCCCCGUCAUUUAA